AUGGGGGAACAAUGGGAAGGAUGGUACUGCGUCUCCAUCAUGUUCAUCACCUUCGUGGCGCUGCUGAAGAACGUCGCGGGGCCGGACAUCCUCAUGCUCGGCGCGCUCGCGAUGAUGCUCGCGGCCGGGACGGUCGACAUCGACAGCGGCCUCGCCGGAUUCUCGAACAAGGGCCUCCUCACCGUCGCGUGUCUCUUCGUCGUCGCCGCGGGGAUAUCGCACACGGGCGCGCUGGACUACUACAUGGGGCGACUGUUAGGCCACCCGAAAGACGCGGCGUCCGCGCAGAUUCGCCUCAUGGUUCCCAUCGCGUUCGUCUCCGCGUUUCUGAACAACACCCCGGUCGUCGCGAUCAUGAUUCCGAUAUUACAGAAGUGGGCGCACAAGAUCGGGGUGCACAAGGCGCAGCUCUUCAUCCCGCUGUCCUUCGCGUCCAUCCUCGGCGGGACGUGCACGCUGAUAGGCACGUCCACGAACCUCGUCGUGGAGGGGAUGAUGCGCGACCGGUACCCGGAGGAAGAGCCGAUGGGCCUCUUCGCGUUGAGCAUCUACGGCGUUCCCGUCGCGAUGUCCGGCAUGGCGUACAUUCUCAUCGCCGCGCCUCGAACGAAGCCGCGGCGGCGGCGUUGGAACGCGGACUUACGAGCGAUGACGGACUUCACGUGCCCGGUGCGCGUUCUCCCGGAGGGCGCAUUGGAUGGAAAAACGCUCAUGAACGCGGGGUUACGCGGCCUCGCCGGAUUAUUCCUCACCGCCGUGCAAGUCGCCGGGAGCGAGUCCGAGGCAAUGGCGGUCCCGGGGCCGGAGUACGUCCUCCAAGGCGGCGACGUCCUGUGGUUCGCGGGCGACGCCAACGGCGUGCAUCAGCUGUUCCGGAUCCCGGGCUUGGUCCCGCAGACGAAGCAGGUGGACAAGCUGAACAUCAACAAGACCGAUCGAAGGCUCGUCCAAGCCGUCAUCGCCGUGCGCUCGCCUCUCUGCGGACAAACCGUGAGAGACUCGCACUUCCGGACGUGCUACGACGCGGUCAUCAUCGCCGUGCAGCGAAGCGGAGGAAGGAUCCAAGCCAAGAUCGGCGACAUCGUCCUCUCCGCCGGGGACGUCUUGCUCCUCGACACCGGCGGAUCGUUCCUGCGGCUGUACAAGCACGACCCCGCGUUCGCGCUCGUGUCCGAGGUUGAAAACUCGUCCCCGCCGCAGUUCGAGAAGCUCCUCCCCGCGUGCCUCACCGCGGUCGUCAUGAUCGUCGUCUUCGUCGCGGGUCUGCUCGACCUCUUCGUCGCCGCGCUUCUCGCGUCCGGGGUCAUGCUCGCGACCGGGUGCCUGACCCAGAAGCAAGCCAGGGAGGCGGUGAAGUGGGACAUCAUCGUGACCAUCGCCGCCGCGUUUGGCAUCUCGGCGGCGAUGGAACAGUCGGGCGUCGCGAGCGCCAUCGCGGACACGCUCGUGGACGGCGGCAACGCGGCCGGGACCGGGAACGCGGGGAUCCUCGUCGCGAUCUACGCCGCGACGGUGUUCAUGUGCAACGUCGUCGGGAAUAACGCGGCGGCGGCGUUGAUGUAUCCCAUCGCCGCCGGCGCGGCGGAGCAACAGGGCAUCGAGAGGGAUCAGAUGUCGUUUCUGUUGAUGCUCGCCGCGAGCGCGUCGUUCAUGUCGCCGUUCGGGUACCAGACGAACUUGAUGGUGUACGGGCCGGGCGGGUACGUCUUCGCGGACUUCCUUCGGUUCGGAUCCCCCAUGCAAGUCGUGCAGAUGGUCGUGUCCGUGACCGUCGUGUUGCUCGGCGGUCUGUGGUGGACCGCGUGGGUCGGCGGGUUCGGGAUGAUUCUUUUGAUUUACGGCGGAAGAAGCGUCGCCGCGGCGCUCGAGGCUGCGCUGUGCGGCGGCGACGCGAGUAAGGAGAAGGACGAGGGAGAGGAAGACUACGGCGAUGGGGCGUUGAAGUCGGUGCCGGAGAGCGAAGCGUCCGCGGGACCUCUCGCCGGGGUCGUGUAGAAGUACCGAUCUAAUAACGAUACACUCGUCACCCGGGCU